UGGAGCUUCGUUCCAGUGCUAACUUAGUUUCAAGAUAGUGAAUAAAGCUUGUUGAAUACUGCAACAUUCCUGUUUCCUGGCUUUCGCGAAGCGCGGUUAGGACGUUUUGUUAGCUCCUCUAUGCCUCCCCCACAACAACAAAAACGCAGAUCCACUGAAUCAGAGUCGAGGGGGAAGAAAAAGGCCAAAACAAAACAUUUAACACAGAAGGAGCCCUCAAAAACGGCUGAGCGAGAGGCCUCGAGGAGACAUUUAGCAUUAGAAAAACAAUUUUCCAGAGCACAAAGACUUAGGGCCAAUGAGGCUGACAUGGUUUCCCCCGCCCCAUUAGAAUUAUCCACACCUGAGUCUGCAUUUGUUCCACAUCAGGAAGUUCUCAGGACCUGGUCUCCUCAGGGGGAAACUGAACAGAUUGGUUCUCCUCGCUCCUCAUCAUCAGAUCAUGGUCCAGUCACAGUGGGCCAUAGUACCAGGUCUCAGGAAGAUAUUUAGUCUGCUCAGUUUCAGGCCUUUAUGCAGAAUGCAUUUAACCAGUUUAUGUCUUUCAAGGGUCAACUGCCUCGUCAAUCUUCCUCCCAUAGAGGGAGGGCUACGGUUUCCGCCACAGAGAUUUCAGAAACCUCCUCUCAGUUAGGUGAGGCUGAGUUGGUUGACCUGGAUGUAGCUGAUAUUCCCUUGUCGGAUGAUGAGGAGACUGUCCCUGAACAGACUCAGACUGCAGGUGUCUCUGACCCUUCUCUUCUUAAAUCUCUAUUAAUCAAGGCAAUUUCCACUGUUAAUCUCACUUCUGUACAGGAGGAGAGACCUUCUACCAGUCAGGAGUCCAAUCCUCUGUUCGCAAAGAAGCUAUUCCAGGGGACAUGGCAGAGGCUCUGAAGGCCGACGAUAAGAUAUUUGAGCACUCUCUCCGUCGGGCUCACCAGGCUUCGGCAUGGGCGGCCAAGGCGGCAACCUCUUCCUCCUUCUUCGCCAGGGCCUGUAUCAUGUGGCUACGCGAACUGCAGACCAGCGUACCACCGGAUCAGGUUAGAACACAUCAAACUUUGGCUAAGAUUUUGGCUGCUUCACAAUACGUAGCAGACGCCACAUUGCACUCCACUAAAUAUUCCGCAAGAUCAAUAGCUGCCACAGUUGCCUCUCGUAGGCUCCUAUGGCUGAAGCAUUGGAGGACAAACUUGAAAGCCAAGUGGCGUCUGUCCACGUCCAAAUACACCGGGACACUUUUGUUUUGUUCCAUUUUGGAUCCACACAUUAGUGAGGGCAAAGACAAGCGUAAGGUCCUAGUGCAUCCCUCUAAGAAAGUAGACAGAAGGACAUCUCAGGACUUCCGAAAACAAGCCUUUCGUACCAGCGGUCCCUGGGAGUGGAGGCAGCCCUUUAGAUCAGGGCAAUCCUGGGACUGGUCGAGAGGCUCGCGAUCCUUCUAUCCCAGACAGGAUCAUUUCCAGGAUCGCCAAAACACUGGAGCCAGAGGCCAGUUUCAGGCUAAGCGUCCAUUCAGGGGAGCAGGAGGCCGCACUUACAGGCGGUCUAAGUGACGCCAGGGAGGACUCUCCCAUUGGGGGCAGACUACAAAGGUUCAGCGACGUCUGGGAAAGCACCACCUCAGACGCUUGGGUGGUAGAGACCAUCAAGUACGGUCUCACCUUAGAAUUUUACUUCCCCCCUCCAAACCACUUCAUAAAUUGCCCUCUCUCCCGAAACAGGGUCAAGACAGACCUGAUGACUUCAGCCAUAUCUCAUCUACUAGAAAUUCAGGCUAUAGAACCAGUACCAAAGGAGCAGGAGGGAAUGGGGUUUUACUCCAUUCUGUUUCUGGUUCCCAAGUCCUCAGGGGGAUGGAGGGCGAUACUGGAUUUAAAGGGAUUAAAUUAUUUUGUGACCUACAGAAGGUUCAAGAUGCAGUCCCUAAAAUCCAUAUUAGCCAGCAUCAGGAAGGGAGAUUAUCUCUCUUCAAUAGACCUCACAGAGGCGUAUCUGCAUAUUCCCAUCCAUCCUCAGUAUCGCAAGUUCCUCAGGUUUUGCUACGCGCACCGGCAUUACCAAUACAGGGCCCUACCAUUCGGCCUGUCCUCAGCCCCAAGAGUCUUCACGAAGAUUUUAGCGGUCAUAGCAGCCUACCUCAGGCUGAGGCCGGUGCGCGUGCAAUGUUACCUGGACGAUAUCCUAGUCCAGUCCAGCUCUUUUCAGGCAGCAAAACGGGAUGUUCAAACUACGAUACUCAUUCUGCAGAAUCACGGGUUCUCUGUGAACUUCAAGAAGAGCCACAUCACUCCAACAAGGAGAUUAAUACACCUGGGAGCGAUAAUAGACUCGUCCCAUUGCAGGGUAUAUCUUUCUCAGGAGAGGCGGACCAGCAUCAGGAAACUUGUUCAUCUGGUUCGCAAGGACAAGAGAGUGCCUCUGGCACAGCUGUCAAAGCUCCUCGGAAAGAUGAUCUCUUGCCAUGGGCCAGGCUCCACUCCAGACUCCUACAAUGGUUUUUUCUUCCUUACCAAAAGCGAAAUCUCAGUGCUUCCAACAGGAAGGUCACAGUCCCACACCACACAUUGCGAUCCCUUUUUUGGUGGACAACAUCUGCGAUGACCAAGGGAGUCAUAUUCAGGGAACCGAACCGGGUCAUCCUCACAACAGACGCGAGUCUGUUCGGUUGGGGAGCUCACCUAGGCACCCACCUGACCCAGGGACAGUGGUCCCACUCGGAUCUCGCCCAAAACAUCAACUGGCUCGAACUUCGGGCCAUUCACCUGGCACUCCUUCAAUUCUCUUCCCUAGUCAAGGGGAAGCAUGUCCUCGUCAGGACAGACAACGUGGCGGCCAAAGCACACCUGGUCCCUCCUUCAACAAAGAAGGAGGUACCAGGUCCUGGGACCUGAUGCGAGAGGCAUCGACCCUGGGCAUCUGGGCAGAGUCAAACCUGGCCUCCAUAAGGGCAGAACACAUAUCGGGGGAGGCAAAUCAACAGGCAGACUCCCUGAGCAGAGUCAAGUUAGACCAUGUGGAGUGGCAACUGGAUCCGGCUCUGUUUCAGGAGAUCACGUUGAGGUUUGGCCGACCCCACCUGGAUCUAUUUGCCACCCUGACAAAUGCAGAUUCCCAGGUUCUUCUCCAGAUUUCAGAUACAAGGAGCGGAGGGAACGGAUGCCCUUCGCUGUCGGUGGCCGGCGCAACUAUUGUACGCCAUCCCACCUCUCCCCGAUUCCGGCGACCAUACGCAAGUUGAUCCUGGAAGGAGGUAAUCUUGAUUGCUCCACAUUGGCCACGGCGUCCGUGGUUUGCCGACCUGGUGGAUCUUUCAGUAUCUCCUCCGUGGAGGAUUCCUCCGGACCGAGUGGUUCUCAGCCAGGGCAACCUUUUGCAUCCAGAUCCGCAGUGGCUCCAACUAGCCGCUUGACAUUUGAGCGGGAAAGUUUAGCCAGGCAGUCUUAUUCAUUUGAGGUGAUCUUGUUGAUACAGGCCUCUAGACGCCCUUCAACAAACAGGAUCUAUGAUGCCACAUGAAGGGUUUCUGCAAGUGGUGCCUUGUGCAUGCAUUGGACUCACUCUCGGUUUCUAUACGAAACAUUCUGGACUACCUAUUGGAGGGUCUGAACAAGGGUCUAUCGCCCAAUACUAUCCGCAGGCAACUAGCGGCCCUUUCCUGUAUUCUUUCCUGCGACAAUUCCAGCCCUUUGUCAAAACAUACGGCAGUCAGCGCUUUCUUAAAAGGGGUGGUCAAUACCAGACCUCCCGUUGUACAUCAAUAUCCUUCUUGGGACCUGGCCAAGGUUUUGAAGGCCCUGACUUCAACUCCAUUUGAACUUCUCAGUUCAUGCUCUUUACAUUUUUUGUCCUUGAAGGUAGCCUUUCUGGUGGCUAUUACCUCAGCCAGAAGGAUAUCGGAAUUAGCGGCCCUUUCAGUGAGGGAGGAGUUAUGCACCUUCUUCGAUGACAGAGUGGUCCUUAGGCUGGAUCCCACCUUCAUCCCAAAGGUAAACACUAUUUUUCACAGAUCUCAGGAACUUAUUCUUCCCAACUUCUGUCCUAAUCCCAGGCACAGGUUGGAACGCGAGUGACACAAGCUAGACGUACGCAGGGCUCUGCAUUAUUACGUGAAGCGUACUUCUUCCUUCCGUAAAUCGGAGGCUCUAUUUGUAUCUUUUCAACCUUCAGCAAUGGGGAAGAAAGUUUCUUCUUCUACCAUAGGUAGGUGGAUUAGGGCCUGUAUAACUCAGGCCUAUUCUUCCUUGUCUCUUCCUGUUCCUUCACGUCACGGCUCAUUCGACACGCAGUGCCGCUGCGUCAGCCGCGUGGUCCACGCAAGCCUCUGUGGAGGAGAUUUGCAGAGCCGCAACGUGGUCUUCUCCUUCGGCAUUUGUCAGACAUUACCGGGUGGAUGCCUUUGCGGCGGCUGACGCCGCGUUUGGCAGGUGUGUACUUCAACAGGUUGUUUCUUCUCAUGAUUCUAGAGCCUAGACUUUUCCCUCCCAAGGGGACAUGAGGGCUUUGGUAUGUCCCAUCCAGUGGAUUCUACAGACAUCCUGCUGGAGAAGGGGCGUUGUCUUACCUGAACGCCUUUUCUCAGCAGGAUGAUGUAGAAUCCACACCCUCCCGCACAAAUAGUCUAGGCAGGUGUAUCACAAUUGGAGCUAUUGAGUUGAGAUUCGUCAGAGCUGCUUCGCCUCGUCAAAACUGGAGUCACUCCCAAAGGAGGGGCGUGGCCAAAGUUCUGACCUAGUCUGCUGAGCAGGAAGGCUGUUAAUAACCCAUCCGGUGGAUUCUACAUCAUCCUGCUGAGAAAAGGCAUUCAGGUAAGACAACGCCCCUUUCAGGUGAAUCUGAAAAAAAGAUCAACACCUUCAACGAAUAGAAUAGUGAUGUUGUCCUGAUAUUUGUACGAGGUCCAAAGCACUCUUCUGAUCGAAGUAUUUGCAACUGCCCGAUACUACUUAUUAUACAUAUUCUACCUAAAGUGUAAUAGGGAGUU